GCUGUUACUUUUCUAAUUAAAACGUCCAGUGUAACUACAAUACGGCUCUGAGACACGCCGACAAGAAAUACAAUAAAGGGAUAACUUUGCAAUCAACGCAUUCAUUAUAUGUUUAUAAGUAAAACAGAAGUUGCAUUAACAUAUUUUUUAUUGAUUUGGAACCAAAAUUACGCACUUUUAUCUUGAAGGCGGGACUGUACCUAAAAUUGUUACUUCCGCUCUUAUCCAUUCACCGCUCGCGGUGUUUUGUAGUCAGCUAAGUUAGCAGUUUACUGGGAAGCAUGGAAAAAGAUAUCUUUAGAUGUAUUGAAUGUAACGAAAAAGCACACGAGCUACACAGGGAUUACAGUAACGGGAUCCUGAAGAUAACGAUAUGUGUGCGUUAACUAUUGACCUCUUUGGAUUUGAGUACCUGUUGUGGUGAUGAUGCUAGCUAAUAGUGGUUGACUCAAACAUGCAACGGCUAAGUUUCUCUUUUAAUAAUCUAACGUGUAUGACGUUUGUAUCUGUGUAUGGGCUGGCACGAGAACAAUAUGCUUGAACGCGAUUCCAUUCAUUAUUAGGAUAACUUCCCUGACAUUGUUGUGUCCUCCAUUAACAGAUUGCAGAUGAAGAGCGUUAGUUACGAGUCGUGCCAGAAGCCAGUGGACAAGUACAUUGAAUAUGACCCCGUUAUCAUCCUGAUUGAUGCCAUUUUGUGCAAGACGCAGGCUUACAGACACAUAUUGUUCAACACAACCUUGGAUAUCCAAUGGAAGUUGUGCGUGUUCUGCCUGCUGUGUGAGGCUUACCUCAGGUGGUCUCUGCUCCAUGGCUCCGAGCAGAGCAGUGACCCUGCUGACAUCAUCAGGUACGCCAAGGAAUGGGACUUCUACAGCACGUUUGGAUUGGCCGCCCUCGAGCUGUCGGCGUUCUGCGGCGGCGUGCUGUGGUUCCUCUGGGCGGCGACGGGAAGUCUGCGCGGCGGGACCCUGGAGCUCGGCCCGCUGCUCCGAGCCCUGCUGCUGUCCUGCUACGGCAAAGUGCUGCUCAUCCCCGCCGUCAUCUGGGAGCACGACUACUCGCCGCUCUGCCUGGGCCUCAUCAAACUCUUUGUGCUCACCUCCAACUCGCAGGCCAUCAGGGUGAUCCUGAACUGCAGGAGACGUCUGUCGCUGGCGGCCGUGUGCUUCGGCCUGCUGUCGGAGGCCUGCGUGGCUCAGGCCUGUACACGUCUUCCAUGGAGCGUCCAGGACAUGUUGGCUUUUGAUUGAAAGGAGACCAAUAGCGGUUGGUUCUUCGCAGGAAGUGACAAGUGGUCAAGGGCCGGUGCCAGAGAGAGGCCCGCUUUUUAAUGAACACUACACGUGGGGCCGGGGGAGGGAGGUUUUUCUGAAGUGUUUUUGCACCUUAAAGCCGGCUGUCAAACGGAGACCGAGAGCAGCAGGUUAUUGUUAUUGGAUUUUUUUUGUUGGAAGAAUUCAGAACACAACAAUCUCCGUGUUCUAUUUGAUGUGAUUACUUCAGAGAGACAGACCCGCUCAGAGGAGCUGAUGUAAAAGCCCCCUUUUCUCAGUGCCACCCUCUACGCAGACUCUGACAAUAACUACUUCUCCGUUUGGAUGGGAGCCACAUUCUUUGGUUCAUGGGUGAAAUGCUUAUCUUAACACACACACACACACACACAUAUAUACAGGUUCAAUUGUAGUGGGGGUUAGUGGAUGAAUAAAGCACACAGGAUUGUUGCCAUGCUAAAAGCUCAUACGUGUCAUUGUGAAAGGUUCCGGUUGGAUUGGGUUUUUGGAAUCAGUAAUGGCUGUCAACAAUGUUUUCUGAUUCAUGAUUCUCCUGUUACAACCUUUGAAGAAAAUAAAACAAGAAUUUGUAGCUCAGCUGGCUUUAUCAAAUGCUCAGAUGUGGUAUUAAUUAGUUAGGAUUUCAACCCUAAUCUCCUGGAAAGUCCCCUUUAAGGAGGGGUCAGCCAUGUAUUGCUUCUUGCACAUUUGAAAGAAAAACAAGUAAAAUUCUAUCACAUGAAACUUCUGAAGGUCUCUUGCCUGAUCCCGUGAACAAGGUAAUGAAGUAAACAUUGGGAAACACGUGGGUAAACUUUACAAAACCUCCUCUCGCUCUCCCUGGAAUGCGUUCGUAAACAGUCCAGUGUUCAAUCAGUAGAACAAACGUCCCGGAGCAGAAUGUCCCUCAUUAAGGGGACAGCUGAACCGACCCCCAGCAGUCUGCAGGCGUCUACGGGUCGCCGGGAACUUCUGAGACUCGUGGCGAGAGGCGAGGCCGAAUUCUUUCCGAACAAAACCACCUGCUGACUGAGGAGUCGCACAAAAGAUCGAAUGACGAUCUCUCGAAGAUCGCACGUCAUGUGACGCUCUGGUUUCUAAACUGUCAACAGCUCAAUUGUGUUCAUGCACUAAAGUCCUGUGUUUUAACGGGAACUAAUCAACGCAGAUCGAAACAUGUUCUUUUUGCCUAUGUGCUUUCUGUGCUUCUUUCCAAAAGUUGCAAGCCAAGUUCCUGUUGAAAGCGGUUCCCCAUCGACCCCUCAGAGACCCACUCUGUAUUUAAACGCU